AUGGCCGAUUCGGAGGCUAUGGAAGAUGUGCAGCUGGGCACCAAGAGACCGGCGCUGGAUAUUGAGAGCCUCAAAUCAAAGAAAUUCAAAGCUGACGAUUUGCCUUUGUCUUCGGCGCAGCAUGCAAGCAUCGAUAAACUCCUGCAUUCAUUUAAGAAGAAAGGUGGAUUCGACAGCAUUCGCAAGAAAAUUUGGGCUGACUUCAAUGAUGGGGAGUCCAAAGUCAAGUUCACCGAAGAGCUGUUUGCUUUGGCCGAGUCGGAAAUCGAGCGCGAACCAGCCCUCCUUUCGCGUGAGAGAGGAAAAGCUGCAACUCUGAUCGAGGGUGCCGUCGACCGAAGCGAUGUCUACAAGAAUGCCGAACUAUCCAUCGACAAGCUAGCAUCCAACCAUUUGCAGUCCAUACUUGAUUCGGUGCGCGAGAUCCGUCGACUAGAAAUUGGUGAUGAGGCAGCUACGAAAGAAGAAGAGGCUGGCAACAAAACCGAUGCAGAGUACGAGGCUCAUGUGCGAGCCAUACGAGAGGAGCGGGAAAAGAUCUGGCGCGAGGAAAUGCGCAAGCAAAAGGAAAUUGACGAGGAACAAAAACGCAUCAAGGACGAGGAGCGCCGCAAAAAACGUGAAUUGGAGAGGAAGAAGGAAGAUGAAGAGUUGGCAAGGAGGAAAGAGAUCGAUGACCAACGGCGAGCGGAGCGUGAGCGUGAGCGCGAAGAGCAAAGGGCUAUUGAUGACCGGGAGCGCGAAGAGAGACGAGAACGACGCAGAAGGGAGGAUCGGGACCGGUAUCGCGACUAUGACCGCUAUAAUGAUUGGUCGCCAGCCUAUCGCUCUGAUCGUGGAGUGUCACGCAAUCGGGAUUCAAAACGAGAAAAGUCUGCCGUCUCAAAAGAUGCAACCCCUGCGCCAGCUGCUCCUGCGGACGAGGAGUCACUCGAGGAAGCUGCUUUGAAAAUGCUGCUGAAAGAGGGAGAAGAGCUCGCAGCUAAGGCCCGUCAAAAGCCCGACUUCGACUUUGAAAAGGCCGAGGCCCUUGAAAGUGGACUGAAACCACCAGACAACAAAAGCAGCGAUUCAAAGUUGGCCCAUCCCGCGACUCCAGACCCCGUGAUUCAACAUCCGACCGAAGAGAUCGGACUCGACACCACACCCGAGACCGGAGUCGAAGCCGCUCUCGCCGACGCGGAUCUAGGUAUAGUCCUGACCGUCGACGAGAUAGGUCUAGAGAUGCUUCAGUGA